AUGGCUUCUACUCAGCUAAAGACUGUGGUGGUGUUUGGAGCCACUGGUAUCCAAGGUGGAUCCGUUGUUAAAACUCUUCUGGAAGAUCCUCGCGCUGCUCAGCAGUUUAAAGUCAGAGCUGUUACCAGAGACCCAGCCAAACCUGCUGCCAAAGCUCUUCUUGAGCGAGGGGCGGAGGUUGUAAAGGCCGACCUUGAAGACAAAGAAUCAUUAAAGUCGGCUUUGACCGGUGCCUAUGCUCUGUUCCUGGUCACGAAUUUCUUCGACAAGAUGGACGCAGCUUUGGAAGAACAACAAGGGAAAAAUGUUGCUGACUUAGCCAAGGAGCUGAAUAUAGAGCAUUUCAUUUGGAGCAGUCUUCCAUACAUCUCUAAGAUCUCUGGUAACAAAUACAACGCCGCCACUCAUUUCGAUCACAAGGCAGCAGUAGAUGAUUAUAUCAAAUCCUUGUCUCUGCCAUACACUGUUGUGAGGCUCGCUAUCUACGGCUCUGAAAUUGUUUCAAAUUUUAUCACACCCUUACCAGUCAAUCCUCCUUCCUAUGGUCUUAUCUUCCCAGGAAAUGCUUCUGAGCGCACUGUGAUACCCAUUAUCAAUCCUGCUGCCGACCUUGGGAAGUUCAUAAAGGGCAUUCUCCUUAGCCCAGAAACGACAGUCGGACGUAGCUUCAAUCUUGCCGAGAAGCUAUAUACUCUUGGAGAAGUUACGGAGAUCUUGCGACGACAGGGAUUGAAAGUCUCCUUGCAGUGUAUAGAUAUGGCAACCUUCAAAGCUGGCCUUGCUGCAAAAGGAUUGCCAGAAAGUUUUCGGGUGGCCUUGCAACAUGUCCUCGAGUAUACGCUCGAGUUCGGAUUUUUUAAUGGAGAGAGUAUUGAUCAAGGUCUCGAGCUCCUCACGGAUCCGCUCACAUCCUUUGAAGACUUUGUCAAGGGAGACUCCAAGUUUGAGCAGCUUCUUCAAGAACAGUAA